GAGACUUGGGGUGGGGUUCCUCACCGCCUCACCUGAGGGAAGCCGCUCAGUCCUUCCCGGGCAGCGGCAGAGAGCGGGUGUCAGGCGGACGACGAAGCCAUGUCGGCCCCAGGCUCUCCGUCGUCUCUGGGGCCCCGCUGGGCCCCGACCCACGUCCAGGUGACGGUGCUCCAGGCGCGGGGGCUUCGCUCCAAGGCCAAGGGCGGCGGCGGCGGCGGCAGCGGGAGCGACGCUUACGCGGUGAUGGCGCUGGGCAAGGAGAAGUUCGCCACGUCGGUGGCCGAGCGCUGCCUGGGCUCUCCCGUGUGGCGGGAGGAGGCCACCUUCGAGCUGCCGCCGCCGCCCCGGAGGAGCCUGUCGGCGGGGGGGCCUCCGCUCUCGGCCGGGCCCACGGCCGUGCUGCAGCUCACCGUCCUCCACCGCGCCCUGCUCGGCCUCGACAAGUUCCUGGGCCGCGCCGAGAUCAGCCUGGCCGAGCUGCACUCCGAGGGCGGCCGCCGAAGCACACGAUGGUACAAGCUUCACUCCAAACCAGGAAAGAAGGAAAAAGAGAGAGGUGAGAUUGAGGUGGAUAUCCAAUUCAUGAGGAGCAACAUGACAGCCAGCAUGUUUGAUCUGUCCAUGAAAGAUAAGUCACGGACACCAUUUGGCAAGCUGAAAGACAAGCUAAAGGGGAAACGAGGCAAUGGAUUGCCAGACACAGCUUCAGCUAUUGUUCCUAGCAUUAGUCACUCUCCAGCUGACAGUGAGGAAGAGUCAAAUGAGAAAGAAAAGAAAAAAUCAAAGUUCAAGACCUUAUUCUCCAAACCUGGUUUACAGAAAAGCAACCUCUCUCAGUCCAUGUCUGUGUUACCUUCUCUCCAACCGGUUACAGAGAGAGUUCGACUUAAUCCCAGUGACUUUUCAUCGCGGUGGAGUGAUAGUGAUGAUGACACUUUAACUCCUGUUUCAGAGAAACCCUCCACAAAUGAAGAUAACCUGCUUUAUCCACCUUCCACCAAGUCUCAUAAGAGAACAAGUAGUGCAGAUAACAAGCAACUAAGCCAAAUCUCCUCCAGUAACACCAAGAAGGAUGUACAUUCUUUAUUUGGUGGACUGAAGUCCAAAAGUGACCCCACUUCCCGGUCCAAUGUGUGUAUCAAUGGCAGUCAUGUUUACAUGGAGGAGCGUGACCCCAAAAGUGAUACUCUUCCAAAAGACAGCACUCUAUCUUCCCCUCAGAUAUCCCAGCGAAAACGGCUCUUUUUGUCCCAGGAGAACUUAUCUUCUGAACCCAGUAAGGAACCUGAAAUGACAGGAAGACUACCUUCUGACAAAGGACCACCAGGGUCUUCUUCACUGGAGUCCUUUAAAGCCAUGACUCUACCAUCAUACAAGUUGCUGAGUGCUGGGGAUAUGCCAGAAAGCAACACUCCAGUUAUUUCAGACACUCCAAAAGAGACCAAAGAGAACAAAAAGCAGGAGAACAAGAAAUCUGGCUUGCUGUCUCUUAUGACAGGGAAAAAAGAAGCUAAAGUUAGUGAGGAAGUAGAGAGCAACGCAGACACCACUCCGAAGGUGAAGGAAGUAAAACGUAAUGAAAAAGAGUUGGCCAAGAAAGAAGCAAAUCCUUUUGAAGUCCCUGUGGAUAACAGAAGAGGUCAUAGCUCAGAUAAGAGCAACACUGCGGAUCUCCGAAUCACAAAGACAUCCUUGAACCCUUUUGACGAAAACAUCUCAGCAGAAGAGAAGCCAGAAAAAAACUCAGCUUCUGUGAAACCAUCUCAGACCAAACCCGUCAAGCCCAGACUUCAUCCUGUGAAACCAAUGCAUACUACAACAAGCAAAUCAUCUGCAAAAAACCAGAGCAUAACAUCAAAGAUCUUGGAUAACCAAAAUGAAGCCGACAUAAAGAAAUAUGAUCCUUCAGAUCCCGCCUACGCUUAUGGCCAGCUGACACACAGCGAGCUGAUCCAGCUGGUCUUGAAGCAGAAAGAUGUGAUUGCAAAGCGAGAUCAGCAGGUGCGGGAGCUGGAAGACUACAUUGAUAACUUGCUUGUCAGAGUGAUGGAGGAAACCCCGAACAUUCUUCGAGCUCAAGCUCAUGUGAAUAAGAAAGCUGGAAAGAUGUGAAGGAACCAGUUUCACCUAAUCAGUGGCUUUCUUACUCAAACUUUGGAAGUAGUGAAUGUGGAAAAGCUGCUUGUACCGAAACAGAUUAUUAUUUACUUGUGUUAGGAUAGAGUUGACUUACCUUGGAGACUGCCUUACAUAAUCUACAAAGUCAAUAGUGUUAAAAAAACACCUUUUACCUUUUAGUACACUGUACAUGUUUUGCUGCUCCGCAGGUGAAAGGCCUGAAAUUAUGGGACUGUGGAAGGAGUUGUGAGCCAGAUUUUAUCUGUGAAUAAGCUCCAAGGGGCACAUUUUUAAGGGUUUAGUCGAAAAUUAACACUUCUCCGUAGUUUUUCAACUUCUGAUUUCUUGACUCUUUUAGGAUAUUAAGUUUUAGUGCAAUAUAAGCAAUCAUAUUUACAUUAGAUAUACUGGAUGAAUAAAUAUUUAUGAAGUACCUUGUUUGGAUUUGAGUUCCUGGGAAAUAAGCACUUCCACCUGAAAGCUGGUUGCCUCUCUGCAUACAAGCAGCCCAGUCCAUUAGGAAUUUCUGUUUUUCUAGCUCCACUGAAUCAGUAAUUAUUAAGAAAACAGCUCAUUCAUUUGGGUGGGGCUUAAGCUGUGCAGGUUUCCUGCCAAUUGUGCAAAAUUGCCUGCAUUUGCCUUUGGGAAGUGAGGAAGAUCCAUAGUUAAGAAAUAAAAAGUGAUGGUGGUUGUGCGAGCAAACCCUGCUGGAGUGCCGUGAUACCACUAUCAAAAUGAAAUGUCAUUUGAGUAAGAGGAGGUUAGCUUCUAAGCACUAAACUGACUUCCGUGUCUUAUGGUGGUCAGUACAGGACGUAUUAAACUUUUGAAAGCAAUACUGAUUUAAACUAAUUGCCAGAAGCGGCAGUCUGGCUGGCUUGCUUCAUUGCAGCUGGUUGCUUUAAGUACAGUUAGACGAGAGGGGCAUUCCCCCUGCAUUUCCUCAUAGGUGUUAAAAUGCUCAAACCUGUGGGUUUUCAGUAGCUGACUUUGGAGGUACACAUUAAUCCCUCGUCAUUGAAAUUUUUACUUUUAAUAUGUUUGUUCCAUAGAAGCAUCUUUCUUCUUAUUUCCCAGAUUUGAUUACUUUUCUUUCAUUCUUAACUUUACCUUUGAAUUGCUGAUCUUUCCCUUUUGUCUUUGGGUAUGUUACCCCUCUGUUCAGAAGUCUGCUUAGAUCUUUAUUUUUGAAUACAGGAAAAGCGUCUGAGUAUAUCGAAUCAAAGAGACUGAACAAAUUGCUCUGAUUCAAUAAUCCCAGGUGUCUUUCCAUUUGUGAAUACUUUCGAUUGUAAAAGUUUCAUUUUUGACCAGUUCCUCAACAUGUUCAUAAAAUUUUUCAGAAGUUCUUUUUUUAUUAUUAUGAAAGGGUUGAAAUGCAGAUAAAAACACAUUUCUACUGUCAGCUAAAGUAGCUUCCAUCAGUUUUCCAAGGUUUUUUGUAAUACUUCUUUCCACAUCUUUUCUGUUUCAGAAAUUCCUGAUUGGAGAAUGUUGAUCUUAUCUUGUUUAUGCCCAGUUUCUUUAUUAUAUGUUUCGUUCCUUUGCAGUUCCAAAUGUCUCUGCUCUACCUUUGAGCAGCUUUUGAAUGUAUUGCCUUGUAGCUCAAACCAACUAGGAGGAAUAAGUAGGGCAGGCAUAGGGAAUCUGACCCUCCCAAUGUGCUUGGACUCGACUCCCAUCCUCCUCACGGAUGGCCAUUGGGAGCCCAGAGGUAUCUGGAUGACCACAUGUUUCUCAACCCUAUAAGAGAGGCUUAGCACAAAGCUGUAUGUGUGCAAUGUCUCGCUGUGCCUGUUUUGGUUCCAGUUUCUCUAUCUGUAUGAACAGUUUCUGAAGUCAGACGACACUUUCCUCAGUUACAAAAGAUUCUGUUUAUGCUGCUCCAUAAAUUGCUGGAAGAUGCGAACAGUCAGAAUUACUUCAAUAUGAUUUCUGCUGCAGACUAAAACAACUGGAGACUUUUUCUGAUUUCAUUUUUUAUGGAUUUUAGUCCUGGGUUGAAGAUUGAAUUCUUAAUUUCAGUAUCUCCAUCUGCCCCUUAAUUUUUAAAGGGUAACUUUACAUCGUGGUCCCUUACUCUGGAUGGGGCACUAGCCCAGUAUAUGAGUUUAAAGUUUCCAAAGGAUUAACUUUUGUAGGUUUCCUAAUAAAACAAUACAUCCACCAUCACUAGGCAUUUGGGGUGAAAUCCAUAUUGACCAUUGUAUGGGAAAUUGAACUAUUUGAAGAUAGCAACUAUAAGGCAGAGCAUGGCUUUUUGCAAGCUGAAGCUUGUAUAUGCACUUUUGGCUUCCAGUCAGAUCAACUGUGAUUAAAAAAGUAUAUUGUUGAAAAUCUGAGCUACAAAUGCAGGCAGCCAAACAGCAAUCAAAGUGAUGUCUGAAGACGUGGACAGAUUAAUUUUCAUGCUUUUGACUGUAGCCAUUCUUCAUUUUCUGCCUAUGCACUUUCAAGAGGGAUGAGCUUGGCACUGAAUAUCUCUUCAUCCCUCCCUUUGUAUUCAGUCACAACACUGGAUUAUAAACUUCUCAGGUAAUCAAACAGGGGUUGAUUCUAAGCAAGUCAUACUUGGGAGUAGACCUCUUGUAAUCAAUGACUAAGGACUCUUGAUUGUUGUGGGCCUGCUCUUAGUAUGACAUCAUUAGAUAUCACCCAUGGAUCUUGACGUUUCCUGAAUGGUGCAUUCUUAAUUGCUCUUGAUACUGUGCAAUCUCAUUUGCAAACACCAAAGAAUAGAAACAGCUAACUACACACUACAUGGAGUGUGGUGCUUGUUGAAUAGAUUUGUCGAUCAUCUUGUAUAGUGCUAAUUCUCUUGAUGAAAUCCUCUGGCUGAUGCUGUCACCUUGCCUCAACUAGGUCAAUGAUUACAGGUGAUUGAAAGGGGAGGAACUGUUGUCUACCAUAUCUAAAAUCUAACUUCUUGUGUGUAAAACCAGCAUUUAGAUGCUUGGGCAUCUUUUUAAAGCUAGUAUAUCUCAUUUAAAUGAACCAAAUUGCUUUUUAAAAACUUUAUUUUAAGAGGCUUAAUGUCUCUUUGCUCCUGCUGGAGCCAUAAGCACACAGGAUCAUACUUUUGGGAACAAGUAUUUUAUUGAAAUACAGUUUUACUGUGUACUAGAAAAUGUUUAUUCCUGAUGGUUAUAUGGUCCCAAAGUACAGUGGACAUUUGUGUUUAAUACAUAUUCAGUAGGAAUGGAUCUAGUAAGAAAUAGUGUUGACCGUUUUAAUAGAAAUAGUACAGGACCAGCUUCCAGCAGAUUGUGACAAUCUUCUAGUUUAUAACCUGACCUAAAAUUUCCAGGGACCACAGGGCUGUAGCUGGCAACACAAUGUGCCACAUGCAAGAGGGAGUAUUCUCACUGGGCCCAAAUCAGCUGACCAUUCUUCAUAUAAAGGUCUGCUCAGUUGUAUACAUUUUGAUGAGAUUUGGGCAAUACACAGAAAGGAUACCUUGCAAUCUGUGCCUUCUAAUGGGUAUCUGUGACUUACGCAAUCCUGACAUCGAAAUGCUGAAUGUUGUGAAAAGUGUGGUACACUGUGAGGGAUAUUUCCCCUUGUGCAAACAUUUGCUCAGUGCUUAAUGUUGAAGGAUCUGAAUGUAUAUUUAUAUUCUGCCUUGUUACUCUUGGUACUUAAUCCCAUUGGGUUUUUGUUUUUUUUACGAAGACCUUCAUCCUUGUGAAAUGUUAAAAAUAAAGUUAUUUAAACUUGUGA